AUCAUAUAUAGUCAGUAUAAAAACAUCAACUCGAAUGAUAACAUCGUAUUAAGUAAAGGAAAAAUUCGUAUUAUUUUCAAUAUAUUGUUAUAAUUUUAAGGAAAGCUACAAAAAUGGAUAACCCAAAGAAAGUACCCACAUUCAAUCUAACAACGGAACAGGAAAUCGACAUAAAGAAGGCAUUCGAUAUAUUCGAUACUAAGCGCACUGGUUUCAUUGAGUUUAAAAAGUUGCGUCUGGCCUUGUAUUAUUUGGAUAUUGAUUGCACCAUGGAUGAUAUUCGUGACUUUAUAGAUCAAGUUGACAAUAAGAAGACCGGACUCUUAUCUUAUCAGGAUUUCUUUCAAUUUAUGCGUUUGAAAAUGUCAGAAAUGGGUAUUUUGAAUGUUUUCAUGCAGUCGUUUUCAUAUUUCGACACUAACUGCACUGGAUUAAUAUCAUUUGAUGAUUUCAAACGUGUUGCCAAGGAGUUGGAUAUAAAAAUAACCGAUAUUGAAUUGCAUGAGAUAAUUCGUACUGCCGAUUUGGAUGGCGAUGGAAAAGUGGGUCGUGAAGAUCUAAUGGCUGUCAUGAAGGCCAAUAGAUUGAUUUAACAAGAAACUGGGAACUUCAAGCAGGCACAGGCGACUACUAACAGAUUAAUGAGUUUAAAUUGUGUUUAUGUUAUUAAGAUAUUAUCAGUUAUAUAUAUUUGAGACUUCACCAUUUA